GCGCAGCACAUAACAACGCCGCCGUUUGCCUACACCACAUCACAUCGCCAGCCGCGCAUCCUUCACCCCCGAACCGUCUCAUUUUGUUUUAAUAUCUGGCCUCUGCCGCGCGGCACAGCACCUUCCUCCCUACUCGGACGACCACUUCAAAGUCUCUACCAGAGCCACCUACUUCCGGACACCCGCCCGCAAACCACGCACCAUGCUUUCAAAUACCUUUCUCUCGGCGCUAGCCGGCGCCCUCUUCCUCUCCACAGCCACGGCCCUGCCAUCAAGAACCCACUGCCGCUGCACCAUCACCCUCGCCGACGCCUCCCCCUCACCCCCCUCCACCUACCACGACUCCCUCGAAAACCCAGACACCCUCGUCGCGUCCACGUCCACGCCGCCAGACCUCUGCGUCGCGCUCGGCCCGUCCCUGGAGAACCUGCGCACAGCCAACCCCGCGCUGUACGACUCCUACAUCAGCAAAACCGACGCCCAGCAGCUCGCCGCCGCGACGACGGCGCAGAAGCCCCUCAGCACGACCAUCCUACUCCGGCUCGCCGCACAGCAGGGCUUCCAGAACCUGGGCGUGGUUCUGCCCGGCGCGCCGGCGCGGGACGGCGGCGAGCGCAUCGAGUGUCGCGCGGAGACGGGCGGCGAGGAAGCGUGGUCCGCGUACCAAGUGAGCUGGGUGACGCUGGUGGUGCUGCAGGUGGUUGUCGUGCUGGUCGUCGUAGCGUGCGUGGCCGAGGGCGUCAUGUUUGGCAUGCGGUGGAUGGCCGCACGCACACCCACAGCCCUCAUCACACUCCCGCUGCCCAUCCCAGGACGCCCCGCGCGCCUCCGCCUCAGCGGCGAAGAGCGCAGGCUCCUCGCCAUCCCCGUGCUGGACCAGUUCGACAUGCGCAGCCCGGGCGUCGAAAAGAAGCUGCGCGUGUAUGCAUCGCCGGGCUGGAAAGCGCAGCGGUAUGCGUACAUCGAGGACGAGGACGACGAGUUCAACAGACCUGUCAUGUGACGCAACAUGUCAUGUUCAUCAUGCAUUCAAUCAUUUGAUCGCCGCGUUGUAGCACUUCUUGUAUUAACGUUAUGGUGUAGUAUGGUACAUCUGAGACGAAGGCGUCUUGCAGCCUCGCUCUCGUUGAGUGCAGUCUCCCUCCGACUGCCGUGCUCCGAAAAGGAAAGCGCGGGGCGGAUAGCAUAGUAAUUACAUGACCCACAUUCCG